AUGGGGACACCCCAAAAGCCAAGAUGGGGACACCUCAAAAGCCAAGAUGGGGACACCCCAAAAGCCAAGAUGGGGACACCCCAAGAGCCAAAAUGGGGACACCCCAAAAGCCAAAAUGGGGACACCCCAAAAGCCAAAAUGGGGACACCCCAAGAGCCAACGUGGGGACACCUCAAAAGCCAACGUGGGGACACCUCAAAAGCCAACGUGGGGACACCCCGAAAGCCAAGAUGGGGACACCCCAAAAGCCAAGAUGGGGACACCUCAAAAGCCAAGAUGGGGACACCUCAAAAGCCAAGGUGGGGACACCCCGAAAGCCAAGAUGGGGACACCCCAAAAGCCAAGAUGGGGACACCCCAAAAGCCAAGGUGGGGACACCUCAAAAGCCAAGAUGGGGACACCCCGAAAGCCAAGAUGGGGACACCCCAAAAGCCAAGAUGGGGACACCUCAAAAGCCAAGACUUUGAGGAGCAGUUGUACGACACCAAGCUGACCGGUCAGACUUUCAGGCAUCCGUCAUCCGACGGCACGUCCACCUCGCUCAGCCGAUCGCCCGUCUCCCUCAACAACAAGAGAUCGGACUUCAUCUUCCUGCCGGCGUCCAAACAGCUCUACGACGAUGAAACCACCUCCUCUGUGUUUGGACUGAGGUCCGUGGUCGACCCCUCUCCCUCCCCGACCCCGUCGCCCUGCGGCUCAGACCGCCCACCGCCGCCGCCGGGUUGGAGCGGCAACGCCGCGACCGCCGGACCGCCCGUCGCAGACAAACCGCGCCUGCAGCUCGGGAGGCGCACCCCGGGUCACUUCCUGCCGCUCGACGUCACAGGUGAAGGUAGAGGAGGGAGAUUCCACGGCGUCGACCUCCUCCAGCACUCCCCGAACACAUCCCCCUCUCCGGGGGAGCCCUCCCCCCACCAGCCCCGCUCCCUGGAACCCGUCACGGACACCUUGCACCAGAACCUCCGCCUGAGGAAGACCCACUCGGACCUCGACACAACCUUAACCGCAGGAGACACUCCGGACCAUCUCCACCCAGGAACUAUGGACACCUCUGGGCUGCUGUGCUCAAACACACCCUCCUCUUCCUGGAACGGACCCAAGGGCUCCACCUUUUCACCCGGGGCGUGGAACGAGCCGUACAAUUACAACGCGAACAAAGGCCCGGCGGUCCCGCCAAAACAGCACAGCGUCAUCGGAAACGCCGGAGGCGGGAUGCAGGACGGGGUGAUGUUGGUGAGCUCGGGACAGUCGGUGAGCUCGCACUCCAGUUCGUUUACGUCCGUGAGCAACCCUUCCGGGAGAGGAGGGAACACCAUGCCGGGGAUUUCACUGGCAGCGGCGAUGAUGGGGAAGCGGAGCGAGACGGAAGGGGCUGCAGCGGACGGAGGGAGGGGAGGUGGAGGUGGUGGUGGCGGAGGGGGGGUUGCGGAGGAAGGUAGAGGGCGCGAGAGGUCGGCACGUUCCAUCGCGGCGGCAAACGCCUUCAAGUUCCGGGAGCGUUCCCUUUCUACGCCCACGGAUUCUGGUUCCUUCUGCUUUACGGAAGGUGGUUUAGGGCAGCCAGACGGGAACAUCUUGCCCACAGGGAACGGGAAUGCUACGGCACUGACAGACCACCAACAACAGCAUCAUCACUUCCUGGGUUUGGGUGAGAACUAUGCACUUCUCUACCCUAGAGGGAGCUCCGAGGACAGCACCAGUACCGCCGACACGAUCUCCGUCACGGCUUCGGACUACAGCGCUGACGGCCACUUGCGCCUACGCUCGCGCUCCAUCUCGCUGAAGAAAUCCAAGCGCAAGCCACCCCCUCCUGUGAGGAGCGUCUCUCUCAUGAAGAACCUCGGAGAAGCCGAGGGGCGAAUCCACCAUGGAGGCGGACUUUACCGGGAUGGCCGGCCAAAGAGCCUGCACAUCCCCAGGGACCACUUCACGGACUUCCAGUCCGAUUUCCUCCUGCCCAGCUCGUCCUGCUCUUCUAAACCCAGUGUUGUAGAGCGGGAGCUGGGCCGUGGAUGCACCGAUGGACCGCCGAGCCUGGAGGUUCAGGCACCCGAGAGGGAGGGAGAGACAGAGCUGACCUUACCCUCUCACUGGCAGCUGGGGGAGUGGAAGAACGACCCUUACAGGUCUCUAUCAGGCUCCAGCACAGCAACAGGUACCACAGUGAUUGAAUGUAUGAAAGUCAGAGGCAGCUCGGAGUCCCUGCUUGAUUCUCCCUCCACCUCCAGAGCGACCUCACCCUCACAGCUCUCCAUAGAAACGGACAUCAAGGCGUCCUCGCCCUUCAAACCCCCGGGACUCAUGUCCCCGUCAAGUGGCUAUUCCAGCCAAUCAGAGACUCCCACCCUAACUGUUCCCCUCAAUCACAUGUCAGGUCACGGGACAAUAGGGACAUUGGGUUGUAAGUUGCGUCCAAAGAUCCCAGAAAGGAAAUCUUCGCUACCGUCGCCCAAGGACCCGUGUGCGAGGUCUAGAUUGUCCUUUGAGAUGCCAGGGAAUGCACAUCUGGAGCUGUCAUCCAUCAAGCCAAAGCAAAAGGCUAGCAGGCGACAUUCUGACACCUCAACGGCGGUGAAGCCGGGGAAAAGCAGUCCCAACUCCUCGCAGGCAUUGCCUGUGGUUACCCAGAAUGAGCUGAAGACCAUUCGGCUUCGCUCCGUUUCCCGUGGUGACUUGGAGGACUGCCCCGACGGGGCGUCUGACACCAUCGAAGAGGAACAGCACGGUCGAGACUUUUGUGAGGACCCCAGCCCGCCACCCACCCUACCCAAACCCAAACCACCUGUCGCUGUAAAGCCCCCGUUGCCCAAGCGGCCCCUAAACCUGCUCUUCAAGUCUUCUUCCCCCUCCUCAACUUCCCCCCUAGCCCUCGAGUCACCUCCUGGCUCACCCGUGGACCGGCCUGUGCCCCUGGGCAACAUCUACAAAGUCAUGAGGAAACCCAAACCCAAAAAACCUCCACCACAAACAACAAGUCCCUCAGUUCUUCCAGAUUUGACCACCUCUCCACAAACUGCCUAUGAUCAUCCAUUCCUCCACCACUCCCGGUCUCUCUUCGAUCUCCCUCCACUUCCGGACCCCCAGCCCCUCCUUGAAGACCCGACAAUGGAGCCUGAAUUUGACACAAACCCGGAGGUUCGUCUUGGUCCUGGGGACGGAGGAUCACUCCCCUCUCAAUGCAACAACCAGGAGGCUCCCGAGCUCCAGGACAAAAGCAAGACCCUCCCCUCAAGGAUGACAAUCUCCUGUCUGGCAGAGCUGUCGGACAAAAAGAAACCCAAGGUUCCACCUCCAGUCCCCAAGAAGCCGAAUGUGCUGCUUCUUCCCUCGUCGGUCCACUCCUCCACUAAUGGGAGCACAGAACGUCAGACCCCCCGGGCUGACAGCCCCGUGGGCCUCCGGUCCCCUGGAGGAACAUUCCCACCAGAAGAGUUUCACGGUUCUCCUGGUGUUCCCGAAAUGCCAGAGCAAGAUGAGGACCACUUGGAAAUAUACGAGGAGAGCUCAAAAGAGUCAUCCCUUCAUGAUUCAUCUCUCACAGAGCUGGAAUGGAAAAUGGGAAGCACUGAGAUUGAGGCGGACGACUCUGCAGCCAACGAGAAGUCGGUACUGCACAUCGCCGAGGAAACGGACGAUGUGGCCGGCGCACCCGCAACACACACCACCGAAGACCUGUUCACUAUUAUUCACAGGUCCAAGCGAAAGGUCCUCGGCCGCAAGGAGCCGACGGACUCCUUCGGUAGCCGGCAAAGUCUCGUGUCCCCGGUGAAGCACAGCGGCGGCGGCUGCGGCACCGACUUCCGGAACAUGACCUUGGGCAGCCAGAGGUCGAGCUCCCGCAACGACAACUUCAUGGCCCUGCUUCAGAAGAAAGGCAGCAAGGCGUCCGGCGGAGGUGCCAGAGUCUCCGCCAUGGAGCUCCUCAAAAGCACAAACCCUUUGGCGCGGCGGGUCACGGAGUCGGCGCCGGGCGAGGCAGGAGACGCGGCGGCGUACGGGAACAGCAAACCCAACGAUCAAUGAGCGGAAGUUAACCAGAUCGACUAAAGCCACCAAACCAAUUCUACGACGUGCGGCCCCGCUGCAGACGGGGCAUUUUCGACUAGCGCGUCCAAUCGGCUCGCUCCAACUACUGAUUGAUCAUUUGCACCGUCCAAUCAAAUCGGAGCACAUUUUUUUUGGUGGGGGGACAAAACGGUCCCCUCCCAUUGGUUGAAGCGCCAUCUGUUCCCCGUCAAACUGGUCCCUGAAAUCUGUGGAGAGCGAUGUUUGUUCCUCGCUGUAUUUUCAAUGAACGGUGGAGGUUUUAAGGUUUUAAGGUUUUACGUUUUUUUACGUUUUUUGCCGCUCCUUGUGGUCCCCUUUGGGGGGUGGAGGUGGUGAUGGAUGCAUAGCUGGAUGGGUGGAGUGGACAUAUAAGGAUAUACGGUGGAUAUCUUCACUCCUCGCUCCUUCUGGAUGAAGACAACAAGAGUCCCAGACGACAACAAUGUUCAUAAAUAUGAAUCUGCCAACAGCUAUUACUGAUCAGCAAGGUAUACCGCGGAAAUGAAUCCAAGAAAUAAAUGGAGUAAAAAAAUAUGACAUGAAUCGAAGGAACCUGCCCCCCAAAAAAACUCCCCUCGGGCACCGUCAUAACUCAUAGAGAGGCGUCAGCAUCUCAGUGACUUGACCAGGAUUAACAAGGAAGA